AUGGCAUUUCAGGAAAGUUCCUAUGUAAAGAGCAUGCCUUCUAACAUGAGAAUCGCCUAUGUGCGGGAUUUUUUUGUUUCUGUUGUAACCUGGAUGCCUGGGGCAGUCAAGAUGAGUUGGGGCAGCUACUCACUUUCUCUCCAACUUCUGGUCAUGUUAAUAGGGCUUUCUCUGCUGUCUCUGGUAGAGACAUAUGGGUUCAAUAAGUGCACACAGUAUGAAUUUGAUAUUCACCAUGUGUUCUGCAUUCGGAAGAAGAUCACUAACUUGACAGAUGCCAUUAGUGACAUACCUAGAUAUACUACUCACCUCAACCUUACAGAGAACUACAUUCAAGUCCUUCUUCCCCAGAGCUUCACUAAUCUGCCUGCUCUGGUGGACCUGAGACUAGAGUGGAAUUUAAUUUGGAAAAUCGACGAAGGUGCCUUUAGGGGACUUGAAAAUUUGACCAUUCUAAAUUUAGUGGAAAAUAAGAUUCAAAGUGUGAAUAAGUCCUUUGAGGGCCUGUCCAAUCUGGAGACUUUGCUCCUGAGCCACAAUCAGAUUACCCAUAUUCACAAAAGAGCCUUUACUCCUCUUGUCAAGUUGAAAUAUUUGAGCCUCUCGCGAAACAGCAUUACCGAUCUUUCUGUUAUUCUUGAAGCAGUCCAGUAUCUUCCGUGCCUGGAGUAUCUUGAUCUUACUAACAACAGCAUCAUCUACUUGGACCACAGCCCUAAGGCACUGACUUCUCUGAUCCACCUGAGUUUUCAGGGGAACAAACUAAUGGAGUUAAAUUUCUCUGCUUUGUCAUUGCCUAACCUAACCACGCUAAGUGCUUCCCAGAAUGGCCACGGAGUCAUUCAGAAUGUGUAUCUGGAAACUCUGCCCCAGCUUAGGAGCUUGAAUCUGAGUGGAACAUUGGUGAAACUGGAGAUGCUUUCAGCCAAACACCUGCAGAAUGUAAGGGUUAUGGACCUCAGUAACCGGGAGCUUAGACAUGGUCACUUAAAUGUGGAAACUGUUUGUCACCUCCUCAAAAACCUACCCAGGUUAGAGGCCCUGGUUUUUCAAAAGAAUGCCACCAAUGCAGAGGGCAUUAAGCAUCUGGCGAAGUGUACCAGGCUUUUGUUUCUUGACCUGGGCCAAAACAGUGACUUGGUUCAUCUCAAUGACAGUGAGUUUGAUGCUCUGCCCAGUCUCCAAAGACUGAAUCUAAACAAGUGCCAGCUUUCCUUCAUCAGCAACAGGACCUGGGGUUCCCUGCAGAACUUAAGCAUCCUAGAUCUGAGCCACAACAAGCUUAAAGGUUUUCCAGAUUUUGCCUUUUCACCCUUGAAGGGCUUGAAGUCUCUCUUUCUCGGAAAAAACCCCAUCACAGAACUCAAUAACCUGGCCUUCAGUGGGCUAUUUUCACUGAAGGAGCUCAAUUUAGCUAGGUGCUGGAUAGUAACAAUUGACAGGCAUUCCUUUACUCAGCUUCCAAAUCUAGAGUUCCUAGAUCUCGAGGCCAACAAUAUCCGGACUCUCAACCAUGGAACCUUCCAAUGUUUGAAAAAACUCAAUGUUUUGAUUCUCUCCCACAACCGCCUGGAAAUUAUAGAGCCGCGUGCAUUCUCUGGUCUCACUUGUCUCCAUCACCUUGACCUAAUGUACAAUAGCUUGUCAUAUUUUCAGGAACACGUUUUCUCCGGCCUGGAAAAUCUUCAGGUUUUAAAACUCGGUUUUAAUAACAUCAAAUAUGAAACUACUAUGACCCUUCAACAUCCUCCAUUUAUGAAGCUCAAAUCUUUGAAAGAGCUCAACCUAGAAGGACAAAGAAAUGGGAUUCAGGUUGUUCCGAAGAACCUUUUCCAAGGGCUGAGUAGCUUGCAGGAGUUACUCCUAGGAAAAAACCCCUCCGUAUUCCUGGACCACUACCAAUUUGACCCUCUGAUUAAUCUCACAAAGCUGGAUAUCUCAGGAACAAAAGGUGGAGAUCGAAGUCUCUAUUUAAAUGCCUCCUUAUUCAAAAAACUCAAAAGGCUAAAGCUCCUGCGCCUUGAAAAUAACAACUUAGAUUCAUUGAUUCCUGGCCUGUUCUCCAGUUUACAGAGCCUACAGAUCUUAUCUUUAAGAUUCAACAACUUGAAGGUCAUUAAUCAAAGUCAUCUGGAGAAUCUGACAUCAUUGGUGUUUUUUGAUGUCUAUGGGAACAAACUUCAGUGCAACUGUGACAACAUGUGGUUCAAGAACUGGUCAAUGAACACAGGGGAGGUCCACAUCCCCUUCCUCCGGAGCUACCCUUGUCAGCAGCCAGACAGCCAGAGUUUGCUUAUAGAUUUUGAUGAUGCCAUGUGUAAUUUUGACUUUGGAAAGGUCUAUUUUUUCUGUUCCUUCACGAUGGUCCUCACCACCAUGGUCUUCUCUUGGUUCAGUGCCAAGAUGAUUUCAUCUCUGUGGUAUUUUUUGUAUAUAUGUAGGGCUUGGUACCUCACUAAAUGGCACAAAACAGAAAAGAAGUUCUUGUAUGAUGCAUUUGUCUCUUUCUCAGCCACUGAUGAGGACUGGGUAUAUAAAGAGCUUGUUCCAGCCCUGGAAGAAGGCAACCAGACUACCUUUAAGCUUUGUCUUCACCACCGGGACUUUGAACCCGGCAUUGACAUCUUUGAGAACAUCCAGAACGCAAUUAACACAAGCCGAAAAACUUUAUGUGUGGUCAGUAACCAAUACCUGCAUAGUGAAUGGUGCCGGCUUGAAGUCCAGCUGGCCACCAUGAAGAUGUUCUAUGAGCACAAGGAUGUCAUUAUCUUGAUCUUCCUUGAAGAGAUUCCUAACUAUAAGCUGUCGAGCUACCACCGACUAAGGAAACUCGUAAACAGACAAACAUUUAUCACUUGGCCAGACAGUGCUCACCAGCAACCACUCUUCUGGGCCCGCAUUAGAAAUGCAUUGGGCAACGAGACUGUGGAGAAAGAAAAUACACAUCUAAUUGUUGUCGAGUGACUGAAAGUCUUACAACCCCAAAUCCUGCUGCAUAAUGUUGCCCAAAAUACAUGUAAGCUGAGU